CAUAUUAGUGAAUCACUUUAUCCAGCCAUGAUCAUCACAACACAUAACUACAUCUUCCUCACCACUUCAUAUCUCUUGAUUCUAUCACUCCAUUCUGCUGAUGCAAAGGAGUGCAGUCCUUGUUCAGCCUGCGGUGCUAUUCGCAAUAUCAGCUUCCCUUUCCGCCUCAAGAGCGACCCCACCCACUGCGGCAGUUCUGAAUUCGAACUCACCUGCGAAAACAAUGUCACCUUCCUCUAUCUACACUCUAUCAAGUUCUAUGUCAAAGAUAUCGACUAUGAUUCCUACGCCAUUAGGGUGGUUGAUGCUUCCUUUAACAAUGAUACAAUCUGCUCUUUCCCUAUCACUUCCUCCGAUUCCUACAAAUUCACGCCUGCUUCUUAUUCUCCAUAUAUUCUUGAUCCCUUUGGUGAAUUACUGCCAGUUAACUUGAUUAGCUGCCCCAACCCGGUGCUGAAUUCUUCCCACUUUACAGAUAUGUCUGCCUGUACUUUAUCACAUACCAGAUUUAGAUAUGUAUAUGUUGGGCACAUCUUGGCCUCAGAGGUACCACAUUUGUGUACAUUAGAUCUAUUAGUCUUCACAUCGUGGUCGGGUUUCGGUGAUUUUACUAAUGUUUCAUUCUCACAAAUACAACAAUCUCUCCUGUACGGGUUUGAACUCAGAUUCUGUUAUGAUUGCUAUAUAAAAAAAUCCACAAUACGGGGGAAACUCAUACAUCACUUAUCAGGACUUAAUCCCUUUGUCCUUAUUCCUCUUGCCAUUCUAGUUUUCAUAAUUGCAGGGGUAAGCCUUCCUGUGACAAUCAUCAUCGGAAUUGCAGGUGUAUUAGCACUAUCAUUUACUCCUCCUAUACACUACAGUAAGAAUCUUCAAUUUCAUUUCUCUUUUUCGUCUCUCUUAAUCUCUCAAAUGUUCCAUUUUUUUUAUUUAGGCUACGACAAUCAGACUAUGCUACAAGCAAUUAAUCACAUUGUAUUCAUUGCAAUUUUCGCGGGUUGUUUGGCAAUUAUAGGUGAGCUCUUAAUUUAUAAAUGUCCAACUAUGGAUAAGAUUAGAUUGCUAAUUUUGUCUCCUGUAGUUUGUUUGACCAUAGCACUAAACCCCCUUCUCAUAAUAAUCAUCGGAGUUGGAGUUGUAUUGCCACUCAUCUUUAUUGCCAUCUACAACUUACUUCUACGGGACACAUAUAUGUUGGAUUACCUUGAGUACCUCGUGGUACCUGCCAUUAUCACUGAGGUCAUCAUCUGGGCACCAAGGAUAAUCAUUUGUCCUUUUGUAUUCUGGUUUUUGAUCAACAAAUUCGGGAGAAGACGUUUAUCCUCUUUCGAGGGAGUAGAGUCAUUCCUACAAAGUGAUAACAAACUCGUGCCAAUAAGGUAUUCCUACUCAGACAUAAAGAAGAUGACUAAGAACUUUGAAGAUAAAUUAGGCCAAGGAGGCUACGGCUCUGUUUACAAGGGAAAACUUCGAAGUGGCAAUCUUGUAGCAGUCAAAUUGCUUAGAGAUUUCGGAGCAAACGGGCAAGACUUCAUCAACGAAAUAGCAACUAUUGGAAGGAUCCAUCAUGUAAAUGUUGUCCAACUUGUUGGAUAUUGUGCUGAAAGAUCAAAGCGAGCCCUCAUUUUUGAUUUCAUGCCAAAUGGUUCCCUUGACAAGUAUAUUUUCAAUCGAGAAAAAGCACCUUCAUUGAACUGGGACAUGAAAUUUAAGAUUGCAGUUGAAGUGGCUCGAGGGAUCAGGUAUUUGCACCAUGGUUGUGACAUCCAGAUCUUGCAUUUUGACAUCAAACCUCACAAUAUUCUUCUUGAUGAUAAGUUCAUCCCAAAAAUAUCUGAUUUCGGGUUGGCAAAAUUAUGCGCUGCAAACAAGGAGGCAGUGACAUUGACGGCUGCCAGAGGAACCAUAGGGUAUGUUGCUCCUGAACUUAUCAAUAGAAGUAUUGGUGCAGUGUCAUAUAAGUCUGAUGUGUAUAGUUUUGGGAUGUUGUUGAUGGAAAUGGUAAACUUAAACAAAGACUUGACAAGGAACAAUGAUGAAUCUAGUAAGUAUUUCCCAAACUGGAUAUACGACCACUUGAACCAAGGAAAGGACAUUGACAUUGGAUAUGUUAAUGAAAAUAUUGAUAGAAUCAUAGGUCGAAAGAUGACUAUUGUUGCAUUAUGGUGCAUACAAAUGAGCCCAGACAAUCGUCCAUCAAUGAAUAAGGUGUUGGAGAUGUUAGAAGGUGAUGUUGAACAUUUACAGAUUCCCAAUUAUCUAUCGUUUAUGGAAGGAAAUGAGGAAGAAAGCUGGGCUACAGAUUCAAAUGCUUCCAUAUCAUUGUUGAAUAAUAACAAUGAGAACAACAUUAUUGAGAUUAUUAGUAGUGCUUGAAAUAUUUGUAUUAUCAUCUAUGUUUACUUAGAAACAAGUUCCACUGAUUGUGUAUUUGUGAGAUGUUCAUAAUCAUAUGUAUCAUGAGUGAAGUACCAAAUUAUUUAUUAGUUUACCAUGAUUAAAAUGGGCUUAAAAACAAUGUAACGCUUACUAUUUAUGUUUAUGUAUAGGCUCCAUUUAAGCAA